AUGUUUUUGAUCAAGGGUCCCGACAGCUCGAGUCAUUUCUUCAUAUCACAACCGCGAACGAUAGUCGAUACUCUGUUCGGAGUCGUAUUCAUUGAUUCUUUCAAGACUGGCCUGGUCGAAUCUUUAUGGUCACCGCAUUGCACGUGUCCGGUCGUAUUCAGCGGUGAAUCGAUUGAUACUUGGAACACAUGGAUGCAUGUAUCAUUGGUGGCAGCCCGUGUCAGGCACUCAAUCGAAGGACGACUGCCAUGCGAGAGACAAUGCUUUUCUCAUGAGCAAAUGGUGAAACCCAUCUUCCUAAGGCCCGGCUGGAGAUUAGCGCAGCCACACGUGACUCUGCAUCCACACGAUAUGCUAGGCAUCUUGGAGCGUGAACCCGAAGACAAGAUAGACCUGGGAGAGUACAUCGCCAGCGUGGAUGUUGGUCAAUUGAGGACCAGCCGGGUGGUUGUGGUUCGCAUGUAUGAUUGGCCGAAGGUCACCCCGCAUCAAGACGGGACGAUGACGGAUGAGAUGGCGAUGCCCCGCCGUUCCGCACUCCGCCCGCGUCCGCUCGAAUCUACUUUAUCUAAACUUCAGCCUUUAUGCCCCCGCUUGCAUAACCCACUCUUGAUAUUCAAAAUGACCGUCAUCCACGUUGUCCAGUUCCAGUUCAAGGAGCUCAUUCCAGCAGAGGAGGUCAAGACGAUGUGCGAUUCCAUGUUGGCGCUCAAGGAGAAUUGUAUCCACCCGACGUCUAGCAAGUCGUACAUCAAGUCUCUGGUCGGCGGCCUCGACUGUAGCCCCGAGGGUCUGCAGGACGGCAUCACGCACAUUUUUGUGGCCGAGUUCGAGAGCGUUGAGGACCGCGAUUAUUACCUCCACAAGGACCCUGCGCACCAGGCGUUUAUGAAGCAGGUUGGGUCGGCUAUUAUCAAGGCGAGGUAUCUUGUCUCAAACCCUGGAAUCCAGCUCAACGAACCCACGCAACGGGAAGGAGAUGCAGGGACGUGGAGGAGAAGCAUUCAGGGUCUCUUAUUCACAAAAAGAUACAUGCACUUCGUACCUUUUUCCCAGCCUGAGGGGUCCAAGAUAGUGCUCUUGCCUUGCCCUGAGGUGCUCUGCCCACCCGACGCUCCGUCACCGUCCCCGUUCCUGCCCAUCGUUGGUCCCCCCGCCUGCUGCGUGCUCUUCCCCUCCCCCGCCUUGCUCCUGCUCUUUCUGCUCCUGCUGUUCCUUCUGCGUGUCUGCCUCCCUAUUGGGACCAACCUCAGUGUUUCCCUGUCACGCCUGCCUGACGCGAACGUCCAACAUCCAGUCACUUGGCUUUCUUCACCCAACUUGGAACUCUGCACAUUCCGGCCACACCUCGUCACCCUUUCUUCUUCACACGACGACAAGAAGCGCACAUGCGAAUUGCUCCCUUUGCGAUACCCAUUCGACUCUGUGCUAGAUACCACCAUUCCACCUCCAUUGUCUGGCUCUGGAGAGCAUCUACUACUUACGAGCAACCGGUUACGAGCACAUCUCGGUCCGAAUAUCGACACAUAUAACGUCGACGGCGUCCGCUAUCGACCUCAUCGACACCCUUUCGCUUCUUCCCAGACACCAACGUCAAAUCUAGCAGCCAUGGCGCAAGCACCGCGUCCUACCUUCAUCAACCUCCCUCCUCCCACCUCCAACCCGGAUACUCCAUCUGAGAUGCCCGGCACCCCCACGAGCGCCACGACCUCCCUUUCUGCCCUCUCUACCACCGCUAUCAAAGAUGGUCACCGAGGCCACUAUCCCCAGGGUCCCGCCGGUGUCCGCGGCCACGCUCACCACCCCUCUACAACGAGCCUCGAGGCCGAGCGCGCCGACAGAAUCUCCCGCCUCGCCGGUCUAGAGCGAGUCUCGACUCUGCGCGCCCCGCCGCACCAGCAGAAUGCCGGUUCCUCAAUCUCUCCUCAGACGACCCCCACCUCCACCGGCUUCCCUGCCAACUACCCGCCCAACACUCACCUCACACCCGCAUACUUUGAUGCCCAUGGCCAACCCACCGCUGUUACUAAGAUGAGCACUGUCGGUACCGCCAGCGCGACUGAGAGCUAUGUCGGUGACGACAACGAGACGCGCACCGCACCUGGCGAGCAGGAUGAGGAUAUGUUCAGCAUGGAUACCAACUACCGCGAGGCCGACUCGGUUACCAGUAUGGGCGCCGAGCCUGAACGCAUGGACGAGGACCAGACGGCUGGGUCCACCGGAGGCUACGACGACCGCAUGAGCGACGAUGGAUCCGCCAGCCUUGUUGGUUUCGGCGAGGGCGCCAACAGCACCGUGUCUGGUCCCAUUUACCAGCGUCGCCCCAUUCCUGGAGUCGCUGGCCAGGCCGGUAUCUGGGGUUUGGAGCGAAGUGCCUCUGGUCUGAGUGACGGCUUGCCGACGCAGCGGGCCCGCGACGUCACAAUGGGCGGUGAUACUCCCACCAGCGCGGCCGCAAUGCAGGAAAGACGGGAUGCGAGGAUGAUGGAUGGUACGACCAAUGAUGGUGCCGGUGUACCUAGCGACGAAAUGUACGUCGACACCACCAACAAGCCACCUGUCCCUGCUUCCCAGCUCCCCCAGCAAUCUUCACAAGCUAACUCCGCCACGACGCCAACAGCUCGUGAUACCGCAGAGCGUCUUCUUAGGGAGCGACUUGAUGGGGGCGAGGCACGCGUAGGUAACAACGCGCUUGGUAGCCCUCAGGGUGGCGGCGACAAGCUCGGCAAGUUCUACUUUGAGGAGCGGAAAUGA